CAAAGUGACGGGUUGUCACAUAAUCUCAUAGAAGUCUUCCCCAUUUCUCAAUUGGGCAAUGGCAUCAUCUUGUACUCGUACCGAAGGAGUAGAAGAAGAGAAAGGAGGGCCAGAAUGGUCCCAGCUCCCGAAGGAGCUCUUGGAGCUCAUAGCCAAGAAGGUGGCCCUCCUCUCCGAUUACAUCCGAUUCCGCUCCGUCUGCAAGUCGUGGCGCUCCGCCGCGCAGCCCGGCAACCUCCGCCCCCAGCCCCCGUUUCUCCUGCUCCCCCACAACCUCUUCAUUGACUCCCGCUCCUUCUUUAGCCUCUACACCGGAAAAACCCACACCCUCUCCGUUCCCGGAACCAGCAACAAGACGAUCCUCGCGUCGUCCUGCGGAUGGAUGCUGCUGCUCGACAUCGCCGCCAUCGGCGUGUCUUUGUUGAACCCCGUCACCGGCGCCCAAAUCCAGCUCCCCCCACCGACCAGCUUCCGCGAGCGUCCGGGCCUCGACUGGUCCUACCUGUUUUACCGCUGGGAAGGGUUCUUAUCCUUGGGCCCCGAUUCCUCUCAGCGCGACUGGGUGGUGAUGGUGCUGUGCCAUGAUGGCUCCAAGGACAUCCACUACUGUAGACCAGGAGAUGGAGCCUGGAGUUUGCUUAAAGCCAAUUCAGCUGGCGUCCCUUCCUCCGUCGCAUAUGCCAAGGGGCAAUUCUGUGUGCUGGAUCGGCAUGGCCAUCUCACCAUCUAUGCUGCUGCUCUUGCUGCUGCUGCUGCUGAAGCUGCACCUCCUUCCAGAGUCAUCCUUUCUUCGCUGCUUCCUCCCUCCACUGUUCCUGCUAAAUAUUACCUGGGGAAGGCAUCCGAAGCGGAGCUGUUACUGUUAGCCCAUAGCUCGAAGUUUGCCGAUCCAGACAAUGGUGUCUCGAAGGAUUUCAAACUUUUUAAGCUGGAUUUGGGUGCACGGCUGCUCGAGUGGUCUGAGAUUAACGGGAUCGAUGGUAAGACAUUGUUUUUGACGCUGGGUCACUGCUCGAUGGCCCGCGCGAGGGACUUUCCUGGGCUCGGAGAAGAUUGUGUCUAUUUCGAAGCUCUUUUUGAUUUUCUCCAGUAUUGGGAUGGCCAGUUCCGUCACAUAGAAGCGCUGAACUUAAAGAACGGUGUUUAUGAAUCAGUUUGGCACGCGUGGAAAGAUCUUUCGAAAGAUCUGACGGAUCCUAUUUGGGUUUCGUUCAGUCUCUGUUAGGUGUUGCAUGUGGGCUUAAUUAGGUAUCGGCUGAUGGUGCUGCUCCUUUGUUCUUUGUUUUGUUUUAUCGGAUAAUGUACCUAAAAUCCUCUUAUGUGAAUGAUCUGUAUCUUGUGGUGCUGCCAAUAUAACUGGAUGUGUUCCUAGAGAAAUGUCUGGAUUAGUUGAUAAAUCAUCUGAAAAUAUUCUUUGA